AUGUUUGAAAAGGUGCUUUCUUUUGUUUGUUGUUGUUUUCCAACACUAACAUCAGCUCCAGUGCCGAUCAAACAUAAACGUCAUUCACAUCAUAACCACAAAACAGCUUUUACUAUACCUUGUCCUUCGUCUAAAUCCUGUUAUCUUUCUCCCAAUAUAAUUCCAUGUACACCAACAACAACGAAUUCAUCUCAACAACCUCUCUGUGAUGAAUCUACUAUCACAUCGAGUGAUGAUUCAUCGGCAUUAAUAACUGAUUCCUCAUCUCAGCGUAUACCAUUGAAUAGCUCUGCCCGCGUAUCAGCCAUGCGCGAAUUAAUCGAAACCGAACAACGCUAUGUGAAUGAUUUACGUACGGUUGCGAACGACUUUAUCAAGCCAUUAAAUAAUGAUCGAGUAUUGAAAGAUUACGAAAUCGAACAACUUUUCAGCAAUUGGUUUAAUUUAAUUGCAUGCAACACUGUUUUUCUCUCGACAUUACAAGAUCAAGUACAAUACAAGGAACAUCUACUAACAUUCGAUGAUGACGAUCAUGCUUGCAUUCGAACACCACGUUCAGCAUCAAUGUCGAAUAUAGCACGAUUUGCUAAUGCACCAGUGAAGCUCUUUGUGGAUGCUGAACUGUCUCAUCGAUCAUCAACACUAGAACGCCUAGAUGAUAACAUUGUUCCUCAAUCGUCAUCAUCAUCGCAUUUUUCAUCUCAGAUGAUAAUUAAUGAAUCGACACGCAUCGGCGAAAUUCUCUGCUCAUAUCUACCAUACAUGGCUGAUUCUUAUUUCCAAUACUGUAAUUGUCGUCGACAAGCUGAUAAAUAUUUGCAAUCGAAAAUAAGUGUAAACAAACAAUUCCGUUCGUAUUUGAAAAUCUUCCAAAACAAAACCGGUGGUUUAUCAUUAAAUGGUUUUCUAACAAAGCCGAUUCAACGUGUGACACGUUAUCCAUUAUUAAUCGAGAAAAUCCUUAAACAUACAAAUCCUAAUCAUCCCGACUAUCAAUUCAUUCAACAAGCAUAUGAAUGUGCACGUCAAUUAAACGAACGAAUCAACAAACAAAUCUGUGAACAGGAGAAUACUGUGCGUUUAGAUUGGCUACAAUGUCAUUUUAGUUUCACUACAGAUGAAGAUCCGUCCGACGGGUAUCUUUUCGAUGAACUCGUGAAAUUUAAUGAGCAUACGAAAUUCCAUACACAACGUCAGCUACUUCUCCAUGGUUUUAUGACGAAGAUGCCCAGCGGAAAAGAACUAUUAGUGUUCUUAUUCAAUGAUUUUCUUCUUUUUUCCACUGCUAAAACGUCUUUGAACAAUUGGCAAUCACAAUUAUUUGAACGAAAAACAAGUUUACAAUUAAAACUAUACCGAUUACCACUAUUUCUAACUGAUAUUAUUACAGCGACUGAAUCCGUGACUGAUCAGCUAACGUUCGUGAUUGUCACAAAAAUUCAUGAAAAACCAAUUGUAUUAAAAACACAACAGACGAAUAUUCGUACGCUGUGGGUGCGAGCCAUCAGUAAUGCCGCCGAAGAACUCCGAAGAAUUGAAAAAUUACUGAGCACGAACAAAUCGUUGUUAGCUAUUGAUGACGAUAAUGAAUAUGAAACGAAACCUGCUGUGGCUCGUCUGAUUUUAGUUGUACAAGAAGCUCAUGACUUAAUGCCAUCGAUUCCAACGCUCGAACGGCUUCGCACAGUUAAUCCUUAUUGUGAGGUAACGGUUGGUUCGUUAACAUUGAAAACACCAUUUGUCAAACGAACAGCGAAUCCAGAAUGGAAUAUUCCAAUGCAAUUUCUUCUUCAUAAUCUUGCUGAAGAUACUAUUUGCAUUAAUCUGUAUGACAAUAAAUAUUUUUCGCCCGAUGAUAAUAUUGGUUCAGCAUCAGUACGCUUAUCAGCUAUAUUGCCCUGUUCACUCGAUAAAUUUCUUACUCAGCCGCCUACUGCAUUUACACAAACAAUUCAUCUAAAUAAUGGCUCAUCAUUAAUGAUCAAAUGCCUUGUCCAAUUUUUUUAG